AGCCUUCAGCUGGAGCAGCGCUGGGUCCCACCCUCGGCCUCUGGAAGUCCAGCUCCCUGGAGAGCCUUCAGACGGCGGUGAAGGAGCAGAGCCGCAGCCACGCCCAGCAGCCCUUCCACCGCCCGCCGCCCCACAUGGUCCGGGGCCGGGGCGCCAACCAGAGCUUUCGCUUCGCCAUCGACAAGUCCUACGACGGACCCUCUGAGGAUGACGAUGACGGCUCAGAGCAGAGCUCCGGUCAAGAAACUCCCGUCAGCGGCUCCACUCGCCUGGACGUAGACGACGGAAAGAAGAAGAAGAAAACUAAAGGGAAGAAGAAGGAGAAAAAGAGCAAACCGAAGAAGGAGUCUGUGGAUGAUCCGGAGAAGAAGACCAAAAGGAAAGGAUUUGGCCUCCUAAGGUUUGGUAAGAAGAAGGAAGACAAGAGCAAAGAUGCUGGCAAAUCCUCCAAAAACAAACUGGAGGCCCUGAGUGAAGAGGAGCUGGACAGGAUCCCGGACCAAAGAGACGGCUAUGAGCCGCGUUACGCCACUAUCGAGUCUGGCCACGCCACCCCCGACUCGGCCUCCUUCCCCGACGUGGAAGACGACGACAGCGACCCAAACUACGCCCGCAUCAGCAACUUCCGCCCGCCGCCAUCGCCCCAGGCGUUUGUGAGUCGCACGCCCUCCCCGGCCCCGCCCACCGGGGGGUCCAACCCGCUGAGGGCCCCGGAGGAGGAGCUGGACGGCCUCUACGCCAAGGUCAACAAGUCCAGACCCCCGCCCACACAGGCAGACAGUGAUCCACGUCUCCAGGGGCAACGCAGGGAGUACCAGCAGAACCGAGCCGCUCCGGGAUACGAUGAGCUGGAAGCCGCUCGACGCAGAGCGCUGGAGAACGACCCGAGUCGGAUGGUACCCAGAGGAGCCGAGUCUCGGACAGCGCCCCGCUACGAAGAGGUGGACCGGCAGUACCCCACACAACCCAGGAGAGAUCCAUAUGACUACCCCACCCACUCCAGACCCGUGCCCAGAGACCCCGUCCCCCACCAGGGCCGUGUGCAGGCGCCCAACAACCAGCGCUACUACCCCUCGUCCCCCCGAGCAGAUCAGCAGCACCGCGCCGCAGUGAGGCAGGACGUCCUGCCGCCGCCCCCCGCGGGCCAGAGAGGGGACCACUACUAUGAGGCCGCGGGGGGGCGAGUGGACGGCUACCGGCAGGCCAACCCGGGACGAUACUCCAGCCCAGAGAGGCACCCCGACACCGGGGAGCGCUACGGGGACGACAGGCAGCCCGACCAGAAGCGGAAGAACCCUCUGAUAGGUGCAGUGUAGAAGGUACAUAGAUAUAACAGAUUCACCUGUUCCCAGAUCUGUGAUAUCAGCUGUCUCUGUCAGGGCAGAUACGUGAGAAACAUUAGUUUAUCUGAUAAAAGAACAAGAAGAGACAAGCUCUGAGGCUAACACCAGGCUUACUUUCAGAAGCAUCUGGUCAUAACUCUGGCCAGCUUUAACAAGUGUGUACAUAUAUAUAAUCAUGUUGGCAACCACUUUGUGAAUGUGCCAAUGUGUAUUUUGAUAGAUUUUAUUAUUAAAUUAAAUGAAGGGCAAUUCAAUUAACAGCGUAGAUGUAUAGAGUUAGUGUAUGUUGUGUAGAAUCAACUCUUUUCCAGCGUUUUGCACAAGCUGCAGAGGAAAUGAAGGGAUCACCUUGACCAGCCGCACCAGGAGACACAGGAAGUCGACAAAACAGGAAACAGGAAGUAACUCCCCUUCAAAGUGUCCUCUUGUCCUUCAUGUUGGUCUCUUUGACUUCCUUUACAUCCUGCCGUCACACUUUGAUUUUUUUCCUUUGAUUAUUCGGAUAUAUACGUAGCUUAUACAUUUUCUGUACAUUUGUUAAAUGCUUUGUAUAUGAGUCUGUGAUAUUUUUAUGGUGUUUCUAUUAUAAUGAAAUGUAUAAAUCUUGAUCCACACACGCUACAGAUAAUAUAUGGUGCAGCUAAUGAAACAUGUUAUCUUUAACUACUAGAACAUAUUAAAAGUGUCAAAGGUGUUUGGAUUUAAACAUGAU